GCCUACUUGCACACACAACGAUUUUGGUCGGCCGGUAAAAUAUCGACCAUUUUUUAUCGGUAGGCUCUGCUUACAUACGGUUUCUUACCGGUGCAGUGCUGAUUUCCAAUAUUAUUUUUAAUGAAUCCCCAACGAGUUGUUGCAAUAUGGUUACUAUACCAGAGUAUGAAGCGUCGUAGAAUUAAGCGAAAGUUCUGGACCAUUUCUUUAAGAUCCUCAUUCAGUUCGCAGCAAACUUAGCUCCAUGCUUCUCUAGUAGCCUUUCUGCC